AUGAGCUUGCCAAGUGGUGUCGAUAUGUCCAAUCUGAUGCAGCAGCAUCCGGUGCUGGGUGCCUUGCCACCGGCCUUCUUUCUGCGGGCCGCCUCGGAGCGAUAUCAGCGGACACCAAAGUGUGCCCGCUGUCGGAAUCACGGUGUGGUAAGCGCCCUGAAAGGUCACAAACGGUACUGCCGGUGGCGGGAUUGUGUCUGUGCAAAGUGUACUCUCAUCGCCGAACGGCAGCGGGUUAUGGCAGCCCAGGUGGCCUUGCGCCGACAGCAAGCCCAGGAGGAAAACGAAGUUCGAGAUUUGGGCCUGCUGUACACGGGAGGCGUUCAUACGGUCGGCCAACCGGUACCGGAUACAAACGGGCAGUCCACGGUGGGGCAGUUCCACACCGGUAUACCUUCACCACCGAACGAUUCUGAUAGUGGAAACCGUGGAAGUUAUGGUGCUGUGGAAGAAUCGGACAAUCCUAGACUACGGCCGGAACGUAUCAACUCCGCCUAUUCGCCAGAUCAGAGUGAACCCGACAGUCCCGGUUCGAAACGGCAGCGCUUAUCGACGGAGACGGACCAUGACACCGGAUCGGAAUCGUCACCCAGCAGCCCUCGGCUGAAAGCCGGUCUUUUCUCGCUUCCAAUGAAGCUGUCCCCGUCGCGUAAUGGACCUCCAAGUUCACCGGAAUCGGAUUUAGAUGUGGAUUCGGCACCAGAUGAUGCGGUUGCCCCAGAAAACCUUAGCCUUAAAAAAGACGGAGGAGGAGCGCGAAAAACAACUCCAGACCGAAGCUCACCGCCAAUGGCUAACAAUGGUCUUGGAAAUGGCAGUGGAAACACCACGGCGGCUAGCAGUUUAGGAUUUCUACCAUAUCAUACACAUACGCCACAAUAUCAACAUGGUCUGGGAGUUGCCGGUUCGCCGACACCCUCGAGGUCCCCCGUGGAUGUUUUGUUAAGAGUAUUUCCCAACCGCCGUCGGACUGAGGUGGAACAACUGUUGCAACGGUACAGGGGAGAUGUGGUCCAGGCUAUGGAAGCAAUGCUCUGCGGAGACGACAGUCUCCAUUCGCCUAUGAACGUACCGGCGCCAUCACCUCCGUUUCCGAUCAAAUCCGCCUUUUCGCCACUGAUGCCACCGGGAGCCUUCGGAGCACCGGCGGUAAGCCGUGGUUAUUCUUUCUUGCAAGCUCACGCACACGCCAAGCGGUUUCUGUCGGCUCCGUACAGUGGAACGGGUUAUUUGUCGACGGUUCUGCAGGAUCCGGAACAGCAACAGUGUGAUGCCGGCGGUGGAGCCGCCGGUGCGAAUGGCGCCUCCUCCUCCUCGGCUACCAGCGGCGUAGGGAGCUGCGGUGAAGGACAAGAAUAA